CUCUUGUUGCAUUUCUUUUCAUUUCGAUUUUGCCGGAAGGUUUGAAUGUUCGUUUAAUUGUGUGAUGUAAAAUUCAAUUCAUUUGAUAUAAUAAGUCCAAUUAUAAAAUGCAUUUAGUUUUUAAUGCAAAAGAUUAAGUAUUAGUGGUUUUGAAGUAUAUUUUCAGAGAAAAAAAUGGAAGAGAACAUCACAGUGAUUACUCUAGAAAUAGAGCAGGUGGAAAUUAUAAAGAAGUAUUUACAAAAGUUUUAUAAUUUGUGGGAUGACUUUGGGUUAAAUAACAAGGAGCAAAUUUCCAGAGUUAAACUAAUUUGGAACUAUAUGGAGCGAGCUUUGCAAAGUGCCUUAGAUGAUGAACUUGUUCAAUAUAAACUGAUAGAGGAUCAAGUAAGAAAUCAUACACAAGUAAUGGAAAAGCUUUGUGCCAUUUUGUCAAUAAAACCUAAAGAAGAGUAUGGUACAGGACUUAUUGUGAAACGAGACAAUUUAUCAAAAGAAAUUGAGAGAUUAAAAGAUCUUAAGCAUGAAAGGCUAAAAAAAUAUCAGGGUUUGAGGGGUGUUGAAGCAGUAUACUGCCGUUUACUUGGAACUGAAAAAAUUGCCCUUUCAUCCUUCACAGGGGUUCCAUCAGAAAAUAACUUACUUGAGAUAGAAAAGCAUAUUCAGAAAUUAAGCAAAAUGCAAGAUGAUAGGCAAAAGAAAUUUUGCCGAUUCAGGAAAGAGCUCUCUACUAUUUUUGAAGUGACUGAACUGAGUCCUGAAACAUCUUUUGAAAAGGAGGUAAUUUCCUGUGAAAAUGUCUCUUCUCUUUCUGAUGAAACUUUCAGGUCUCUUGAAGAAAUGCUCUCAAAAACUCAGAGAAAAAAAGUUGAGCUUGAGGAUCAGAAGAAAUUUCUCAUGGAUGAGCUAUCAACUCUGUGGGAAGAACUAUGCAUACCAAAUUCAAAAAGAAUGAAAUUCCUAUCUGCUUAUAUGGAUUGUAAAGUAUCUACCAUUAAUGCUCUUGAAAAGGAAGUUGAUGUUUGCAAGAAAAUAAAAGAAGAAAAAUUUAAAAAGCAUAUUAAAACAUUAGAAGAUGAAUUAAAAAAGUUAUGGGAUAAGUGCUACAUAACUGAUUCAGUAAAGAGUCAUUUUUCUAUGCAACUUAUGAGAAACAACAAUGAUGAAAUUAUAGAUGCUUAUGAACAUGAACUUAGCAAGUGGAAAAAGUAUUAUGAGGAAGUUGGAGACAUAUUGAUUAAAGUUGAAAAACGUCAAAAUCUAUGGAAUAUGUUAAUGGAACUUGAAGAAAACGUUUCUAAUCCCCACCGACUGCAAAAUCGUGGAGGAAAUUUGUUGCAGGAAGAAAAAGACAGGAAAAAACUUCAAAAAGAGUUGCCUACUUUAGAAGAUAGCAUAUUCAAUGAUAUAGAUUUGUACCAAUCUAAGUUUGGUAAACCUUUUUUAUUUUAUGGAGAAGAUUAUCGAAACUAUGUUACUCGUCAAUGGCAAGAUCGUAGAAAUAAAAAAGAUGACGACAAGUUAGAAAGGCUUAGGCGACACUCACUAGAAAUGGAUAAAGAGAUUUUGUUGAAAACACCUCUUAAGAAGCCCCUGUUAAGAACACCUAAUUCUGCUCCAUGUAAAUUGCCGAAAUCUACUUCAAAAGCAGUCAAUAUCUGUACGCCAAUCUCAAGACGAUUCAAUGCUAUCCCAAGUUAUUCCAAAGAUGUUAUCCUACCAAAAGAACAGCUUAACCCCUCAUUAAACACUGGAGUUUGUGGAAAACUUUUUGAAAGUUCAUCUUCAAGUGGUAGUCAAGAUGAGGAACAAAAUGAUAUUCUUAAAGAAUUAAAUCGUCUCCAAAUACAAGCUGACCAAUCUAGGUGCACCACCUACUCUGAAUUUGCAGGUGAGCUUGAUUCUUCUGCAAGAUGUGAUUUACGUAGUUCCAUACUUCCAGCUAAGAAAAGUACGAGGAAAAAAACUCUUCGGGCUGCUUCAAGAAGGAAAAGCUUGUCAAAGUCUGUGCCAAAAUCAUUGAAAUGUUCUAGAGACAUCUGUAGUCCGAGUCCUGUUAGAGGAAAAUUAGGCUUACCAUUUUUAAUGUAAAACAUUGAUUGCUUUCUGUUUCUCUAUUAUAAUAAAUAAUGCCCUAUUUUUUUCUACCUCUUUCUCUCAAUUUAAGUUUUAAAGACGUAUAUAUUGUCUUUAUUUG